AUGGCUUUGUCCUCGGUGGAGACCGCACCGGUCAAAAAUCGCAAGACCGCGUUGUCGUCCAAAAUCGGCAAAAUAUUUGGGUCGGGAAAAGCCUCGUGUUCGGUGGGGCACUCAUCUGGCGACGAGUCUCCAGCCAAGCAGGUGCAGAUACCCUCUCCCACCAACUCCUCAUUGUCGCUAGACAGCACUCACAAUAAAGCUUUGCAUCUUUCGGACGCCUCAAGCCCCAACUCACCAGCGGCGUCGCUUAACGGGCGUGCGUUCCAGACUGCAGCCAACGAAGACUAUUCUCUCACCUCCUCCAAAUCACGGUCCGAGAAUGUUGAGCAGCGCACCGUAAGUUCAGUGAACAUUGCCGCCAUGGCCUCAGCUGGGUCAGGGCGAUUUGUUGUGCUUGAGAAUAACGCUCACGAGCACCACUUGAAAAAUGCUAAACGUCAGGAAAAACUCAGCAGUAUGAUCAAAAAUAUUCUGGGCGCGCAGAAGCUGCGAGGCGAAGCAAAGUCAGCUGUACCUGACAUCCUGAUGAAUAAAAAAAUUCAACGCAACACUCCGGAUGAUCCGCCUUCUCUGUUCUCAGGUUUUGUGAAACAGGCCACAUCUUUCGAACAAGAUCAGGUCUACAGUGGAGCUUCUCAAACCCCGAAAAAGUUCUACAAAAGUCAGGGCGGGAGAAAUGAGAUCAAGGGUCCUGUCGGUGGAACUAUUCCUGCGUUGAAGGAAAACUCCAUUUGUUUUGCUGAAAAGUAUGGUCGGUGCCAAGAAGUUGUUGGCAAAGGUGCUUUCGGGGUCGUGAGAAUAUGUCACAAGAAGGCACCAGAUGAAAUUAACGGUGAGAAGCUUUAUGCCGUAAAGGAAUUCAAAAGGAGACCGGCCGAGUCGCCCGAGAAGUACUCGAGAAGACUGACUUCUGAAUUUUGCAUCUCAUCUUCUUUGAAACACACUAAUAUUAUAAUGCCACUCGACUUAUUUCAAGAUGCGAAGGGCGACUACUGCCAGGUGAUGGAAUACUGUCAUGGUGGUGACUUGUUCACUUUGAUUAUUGCUGCUGGCAAGUUAGAGUAUAUGGAAGCCGACUGCUUUUUUAAGCAGCUGAUACGAGGCGUGGUUUACAUGCAUGACAUGGGUGUAUGUCACCGGGACCUCAAGCCAGAGAACCUUUUACUGACGUCAAAUGGCGCAUUAAAGAUCACUGAUUUUGGUAAUGGGGAAUGCUUCCGCAUGGCUUGGGAAAAAGAUAUCCACUUGAGUGGUGGAGUGUGCGGCUCAAGUCCCUAUAUUGCGCCAGAAGAAUAUACUCACGAAGAAUUUGAUCCUCGGCCAGUUGACAUCUGGGCUUGUGGCGUCAUAUACAUGGCUAUGAGAACUGGUCGCCAAUUGUGGAGCACAGCAACAAAGGAGGACGAAUUUUACACAAAAUACCUCACAGGAAGAAAGGAUGAGGCUGGUUACGAACCAAUCGAAACCUUGAAGAGAGCGCGCUGCCGCAAUGUUAUUUAUUCAAUUCUUGAUCCAGUCCCCAGCAGAAGAAUUAGUGGUAGACAGAUUCUGAACAGCGAAUGGGGCCGAGAGAUAAAGUGCUGUCACGAAGGACAGCCUCUGAAGGGAUGA